AGAAGCUGAAGUCCUAGCUGUCAGUAGGGCAUAUAUUUUUAUUGUAACGUUAAGUGUUUUAAUACAUUAUAAAUAGAACAUCAUUUUAUAAACUAAGAUUGUUUCUAAAAUGCCCAAAGCAUCUCUCAAAAAGAAAGCCGCUAAUGGUUACAAACUUCCAGAGCCGUUUACGGAGGGUGAAGUUCUUGAAGAUGUAGCUAAGAAAAAGUGGAUAUUGGGGCCGUCAAUAGGAAAAGGCGGGUUUGGUGAAAUAUAUUCUGCAAAGGAAUACGGCAGUAAAGACUCAAAAUAUCCAUAUGCUAUAAAAAUUGAAUCUCAUGAAAAUGGACCUCUCUUUGUGGAGAUGCACUUUUAUAUAAAACAUGGAAAACCAGAAGAUGUGGAAGCUUUCAAAAAUCAAAAAGGUUUGAAAACAUUUGGAAUGCCAGUAUAUCAUGGAUCUGGAUCUCACGAAUUGAAUGGUGAGAAGUAUCGAUUUCUUGUAAUGGAGAAAUUUGGUACAGAUCUGUGGAAAACCUUUUUGGAAAACGACAGACAUUUUCCAGCAGCUACCGUGUUCAAACUAGCAGUUCAGUUGCUGGACAUUUUAGAAUACAUUCAUAGCAGGGGCUAUGUACAUUCUGAUAUUAAAGGAUCUAACAUUCUGAUGGGAGUUACGAAGGCUACACAGAACAAGCAAGUGUACUUGGCAGAUUUUGGCUUAACCUGCAAAUCUAAUGAAGAGGAAGAGUUUAAACCUAACCCCAAGAAAGCUCACGAUGGUACAAUUGAAUAUUUAAGUAGAGAUGCUCAUAGUGGAGUUCAAACCAAACGUGGUGAUUUGGAAACCCUAGCUUAUAAUUUGAUUCAAUGGCUUGGAUGCGUUUUGCCGUGGGAAAAUGAUCUGGAAAAUCCUGAAGAUGUUCAAAAAUCUAAAGAAGAAUAUAUGUCCAGUGUACCUAAAUUCAUCAAAGCUUGUUUUGACAAAAGAUCACCAUCAGGUCCCAUUGUCGACUUUUUAAAUUGCCUCUUAUCGUUAGAACACAAUUCUACACCUGACUACAAAACUAUCAGAAAAAUAUUUUUAUCUGGUAUAACUGGCGGAGAUGCUCUUGGAAAACCAUUCCAGUUUUCUGUACCUGACAGUAAAUCUCCUAAGACAUCUCCAAACAAAAGGAAAAGCGAAAAUGCACCGGCUUCUUCUAAGAAUAAAAUUCCCAAACUAGAUAUUGAGGAAGAUGGAUCAGAGGACGAGAAAGAGAAUUUAGACGACUUAUCCGAUCAAGAAGAGGUGCCUAAAAAGAAGAAAGGUAGACCGAAAGGCAAAAAUGUGAAUACACCUCAAAAACAAAAGAAGAAAGCAGUUGGAAGAAAAAGAGCUAAGAAAACAGAAGAUGAAGAUUUAGAUUUAGAGAAUAAUGUAGCAAAUGAUGAUGCACAUGUUUCAGAUAUUGAUGAUGAUGAGGAGAUGACUAAGAAAGAAGAGAAAAUUGCCGCGCCAAAAGAAAAUAAAAAGCCCAGGGUAGGAAAAAGGCAAAAAAAGAAGUCAACGGAAAAGAGAAUAUUGGUAAGCGAUAGAUGGAUAAAUGAGAAACCCCGGAUACAAUCAGUCACGGAACUGAUGGAGGAGAUGCUAAGGUCAUCAGGUCAAUGGAGAGCAGUUCAGAGAUAUGUGAGGAGAACGCUGGAGAGAAAGGAACAAGAAGAAAUAUGA